UGCAGCGGGGAAAGUUAUUUGCCUCUGAAUCGAAGACUUUUCCGCCCGGCGCUGCAGUGAUAGCAGCUGAAAAGAGGACGGAGGAGGAGAGGGAGGCACAUUUACAGGAGGACUACGUCUUUCUCAUGCACUCAAUCACCUGGACGCUCUGCAGCAGACAGACGUUCAUUCAUCGGAGAUCCACUGCCAGACAGCGAAUAUAAUCAAACACUUAGGAGGACAUGAAGACCGGCAAGAAAUCCUUCAUAGCUUUCAUCAAGGAGAGAAAAAUGGGGCUGAAUGACUUCAUCCAGAAGCUGGUGUCUACCCCACAUAUCUGCCAACAUGUUGAAGUCAACAACUUCCUGAAGAUUGAUGAGAAUCAAAACGAGGAGGUUGAAAAUGACGAACUUCCUGAAAGUCCGAUGUGCCUAAAUUCACGAAGUUCGCUGGCUGAGGACACUCAGAUCAAACCCUGUGAUUUUGACUACCUCAAAAUCAUCGGCAAAGGCAGCUUUGGAAAGGUUCUGCUGGCUCGACACAAGGAGUCCACCAAAUAUUACGCUGUCAAAGUGCUACAGAAGAAAAUCAUCAUGAAGAAGAAAGAGCAAAAACACAUCAUGGCUGAGCGCAGUGUGCUGAUGAAGAACAUCAAGCAUCCCUUCCUGGUGGGGCUGCACUACUCCUUCCAGACCACUGACAAGCUGUACUUCGUCCUUGACUAUGUCAACGGCGGAGAGCUGUUCUACCACCUCCAGAGAGAGAGGAUCUUCCUGGAGCCUAGAGCCAGGUUCUACGCUGCUGAAAUUGCAAGUGCACUUGGCUACCUUCACUCCCUGCACAUUGUGUACAGGGACCUGAAGCCUGAGAACAUCCUGUUAGACUCACAGGGCCACAUUGUCCUCACAGACUUUGGCCUCUGCAAAGAAGGUCUUGAGGCCAAUGGUACAACAACAACUUUCUGCGGAACGCCUGAGUACUUGGCCCCUGAGGUUCUCCAGAAGCAGGCGUACGACCGCACAGUUGACUGGUGGUGUCUGGGAUCGGUGCUCUAUGAGAUGCUCUAUGGACUUCCCCCAUUCUACAGUCGCAACACAGCUGAGAUGUACAACAACAUCCUGCACAAGUCUCCUGUGCUCAAGCCGAAUGUCUCAAAUGCAGGGAGGGAACUGCUCGAGGGGCUCCUGCAGAAGGACCGCACCAAGAGGCUGGGAGUCAGGGAUGACUUUCUUGAACUCAAGUAUCAUUCCUUCUUCUCUCCAAUCAACUGGGAGGACCUGAUGGCCAAGAAGAUCACACCCCCCUUCAUCCCCUCAGUGAGCGGUCCCACAGACCUCCGACACUUUGACCCCGAGUUCACCCACCUGCCUGUGUCCUCCUCUCUGUGCACUGACACCCUGACUGUGACCAGCAGCAUCAAGGAAGCGGCCGGAGCUUUCCCAGGCUUCUCUUACGGGCCUCCAGCUGAUCACUCCUUUAUGUGAACGCCAAUAUCUCUGCCCUUCUGUCCAGGGAACUCACUAGAAACAGGACAAAGGUUCUGGAUUGAGAGUCUUAUUUUGACUGAGGGACCCCUCUGGAGCAGCCUGUAUCCGGGACGUUACACAGCCUGAUAAGAGGAUUUAACUGACAAAACGGACACGAAUACUGGGGGGCAGAUCUUGAGCGAUCUUGUGCAUGAAAAUUGUACAGAUGGGGACUCUCAUGUUACAACACCACUGGCCCUACUCUUCUGCCUCAACCACCUAAGAUUAUAAUAUGUGUGUGCCAAGUAUGGAUGCACUCUGGGGUCAUAAAACAUCGCUCUCUGAGGGCUCUGGACCUCACAGCCACUGGUGAAGUGACAUGAAGAGAAGUGCCUGAGGUUCGAAAGGCAGUUUGGACGGCAGCAAAAGCGUUA